AUGAAUACCGCAAAGACCAGACACGUCAGCCCUCCCUCCGCCGCCUCCGCGUCCCGCCCAAUCACACGUGCGCAUCCGGCGCGUGCCGAAUGUGGGGGGCUGGGGGAACUCCGGUGCGGCUGGGAAUACCGGUAUGGCUAG